GUUCUCUAGGGCCAGAGAGGAGAGGGGGUUCCCUGAGAGGCCCCAAGCACUAUUAUGGAGGCAAAUAAGGCUUCCAGCUUGGAUGAGCAGAUCCAGGAGCUCAGAACUAUCACUAGGCUCCAGGAACAGUGCCAGGCGCUGCAGCUGCAGUCAUUGCGGGAGAACACUGAGAAGAAUAUGGGCACACUGGCACAGCUACACCAGGACAUCCGCCGUGGGAAGCAGGAGUGGGCGCUGGCCCAGAAAUCUGACCAACAGAUCAUCUCCAAGGCCUGCCAAAAGGAUGUGCCCUUGAAACUAGCUCUGUGCCACAGCACGAUAGACGUGGUGCAAGAGAAGCUCUGCAAAUACGUCUUGGACCGCGUGAAUGUGCACAAUGUGCUGCUGCACCUGGCUCGACGCCGUAGGCUUACACUGGAGUCACUGCAGCAAGAGCUGGUGGCAGUACAGGGCCAGGCAGUCGCCUCCAAGGAGGCCCAGGAGCAGCUGCAGGUCAUCCGGCAGCUGGAGAACAACAUCGAGAAGAAGAUGGUCCUCAUCACUGCAACUAAGAAUAUCCACUCGCUCUAUGAGCAUCUGCGGGAGCACCUCAAGAAAAUGCUGUAUAGGUACCCCACACUGCUGGACAAGAUGCAAAGCAAGGUCAAUGACUACUGCCUGGAACUGGCACACAUGAAGACCCUGUCCCAUGAUGCAGUGAAGAUCACAGAUCAUGUGAAGAAGAACCUAAAGAACGUGGAGACAACAUUCCUGGAGGAGCGCCGGGGGCGGGAACAGCUCCUCAGCCAGCAGAAGAAGCUAAUUGACAGGAUCCGUUCCAAGGACACUGGCUAUCGCCACCAGGUGAGCCCAGGGGUCCUGAAGUGGGUGUUCCAGAGGGCACUGCUCACUGCACAAUCCCUGCCUAGGACCAGAAGGACAGACACUCCUCUGACUUACAAGAAGAGAUCAUAUGGGGUGAGUGCAUGCCUCCUGCACCCCGGGCAAGGGACAGGAGAGGAUGGCAGCCCUUUAAGUGGCCCUUUCCCUCUGUCCUGCAGCACAGCAGAAAUCGCCCUGGUGGGUGCCCAGCAAUAUCAGGACAUCGUGAGGUCACUGGUGGAGCAGGUCAAGAGCUCCGUGCAGUGCUCGCACCUCUGGGACAUCACGAGCCGUUUCACGGCUCAGAAGAACACGGAGGAGAACCUAGAGGUGCAGAUCCUGGAGUGUGGGAAGAAGCAGGCGGAGCUGCAAAAGCAGAUGCAGCAGCUAAAACUGGAGGAAAACGCACUCAAGUUCCACCAGGUCCCCGACUUAGUCAGCUUCAAGUCCAUAGAGGGGAGAAUUCAGGAGAUGUUGAGGGACGAGCAGGAACGGCGCCGCGUGGCCUAUGCCAGCAUGGUCAAGGGGCAGCAGAUGCUGCUGACUGUGGAGAUGGGCAUCGACAACCUCUAUCUCCAGCUCAAGGGAGCCACGCUGCCUGUAGCAAUACAAAAGCGGGGUCCCGGGGCUCCCCUGUGGGAGAGAGCCCCAGCCCAGUUUCAGAAAGUUGCACUGCCCACAAAGCCACUGGAUCUAUUUGACAAACUGGCAUCCUGUGAGGAACAGCUCCUACAGCUGGCCAGCAGGACACAGAAGCUGACCUGGACGGAGGAGAUCGACGAGAAGGUGAGGGAUGCCCUGGAAUCCUCCGUCACUAGGGAGAAACUUAACUACAGGAUCCACUUCAAGGACUUCGAGGACGACGAAGACAUGAUAGAAACCUUCCAAUUCAGCGACAUGGAGCAGAGCUACGUGCCGUCGAGGUCUGAGAUCAAGAAUCAGGUGCAGGUGCUGAGACAGCGGGGGUUCAAGAGGAAGAAGUGAUCUCGGGGAUCGCCUCCACCCCACCCCACUCCCGGCUCCAUUACACAAAUAAAAAGUUUUUCAGGUCGGC